AUGUUACCGGUGGCACUCUGGGGUUAUUCGGGUGGUGGAUUAGCAACUGGGUGGGCAGUGAGUCUACAGCCUUUAUAUGCACCUGAAUUAAAGAGCACACUUGUUGGAUGUGCAUUUGGUGGGUUGGUUGUGAACAUUACAGCUACUGCAGAGUUGACGGAUGGCACGCUUUUUGCUGGAUUGAUCCCACUAGCAUUAACUGGUUUGGGUAAGGAAUACAUAGAGUUUCAGAAACGUAUCCAAGCAAACAUCGACUUUGAUCACCACAACAAUUUCGAAGUUAGUCUUAGAGACUGUUUAGUACCUGGUUUACUCGAGUUUCUAUGGAAGCAGUUUUUUACUUCAGGCGGCAAUAGAACUUUUACAAAAGGGUUUGCCUUGUUGGAAGACCCCAUUAUAAACAAAACUAUCCAAGACAAUUGUUUGAUCAACUUGAAUAAGACUAAUAUGCCCGAAAUUCCCAUAUUCAUGUACCAUUCCAAAUUUGACCAAGUUGCACCCUUCAAUGGCGCAUUGGCGUUAUACAACAAAUGGUGUCUGUGGGGGAUUGAGUCGUUUGAGUUUGCACUGGACAUCUUCAACGAGCAUUUAUCGGAACAAGCGUUGGGGGCAGCAGCGGCAUGGACGUGGAUACAAGCAAGACUCAACAAUGAUGAUCAUCCACCACCACCACCACCACCACCAGUGCAGGGCUGUGUACGAAAAUUGCAUUUUAACAAUAUAAUGUAUCCCAAUAUCAGUUCCAGCUUAAAGGAUUAUUUUUUGGGCUUUGACUAUACUGUUUUGGACACACUUACAGGGAAGACGAAAUGGAGCAUAUAG